AUGCAGCAAACUUUACGAAAUACAAGUUUCACUGAAAUAAAACUGAACUUUGGUGGUGAUUACAGUGGAAUUUAUUCACACACUCCUGGACCACCAGUUGGAUCAUCACAUGGCUUUUCUGGUUCUUCCAUGUAUUUGCCACCAUCAGCGUCUGGUUCAGAUCCUGAAGUCGGACCACCUCAAAGUUCCCAAAGCUACUCUACGUCAGAUCCUGAAGUGGGACCAUCUCAAGGUGUUCAAAGCUAUUCAGGAUCUCCUUAUCUACCACCAAGUGGCAUGGCUGAACAAUCACCACAAGCAGCUGCUGGUUUUUCAUAUCCAAAUCGACGACGUCGUGUCAGAGGCAGACAACUCAGUGAAGAGUCAGUGACACUUUUUGGAGAUCUUUUCUUUAGAUUUCUUGGAGUCAACACAGAUCAAUGCAAAAAAAGAUUUGUUUGUGAAUUGGAAUUCAGAAAUCCUUUCUUGGGAUAUGCAAUGAGAUAUGUUGGAGUUGAAUUGUUCAAAGAGUACGUGACAUCAAAAGAAGGUCCACAAGCACCAAAGAAGUUCACCGAUUGUGCAAAACUUUAUACCGAAUGUCGAGCACCAAAUGAAACUUCAACGGGAAUUAUUAGAAAGAGAAGAAAGCAAAUUAGAAGACAAAAAAAUUCAACAACAACCGAAAGCAAUUCAGUAGAAGAGACGACGACAGAAGUUAACGAUGAAGAUUUCAAAACAAAUUUAUUUCUCAAAUAUUUCGAAGUAGACAAGACGUAA